AUAAACCUGCGAGUCUUUUAUAAAAUAAAACACAAAUAUAUAAAAAUAUGAUAUUUACUAAAUAUUUGUCAAUUGAAAAAGAAAAAAAAUAAUAAACAUUAAAGGGCCUUCAUAUGUAUCUGGCAUCCUCCACCUGCAUUUCCUCCCUAAAUUCCUCAUAUUUUGUUUCUUUUCCUCUCUUGGUUUCCGUCAUGGGGAGAGAGACGAAGGUGUGCAAGUCAUGGAACGAAAUUAAGAAACAUCUAAAUGAUACCGUUUCAAAGAGCAUAGUCGGUCGUUACUUCAAGCUAGAAGCAAGAAAAUCAAAUUUCACAACCGAACUACGAGCUGCAACAGCCACAUUCCUCACCAUGGCUUACAUCAUUACCGUAAACGCCACCAUCCUAGCUGACUCUGGUGCCACUUGCUCCUUCCAUGACCAUGACUGCUCCACCGACUCUGGUUCUUCAUCACCUAAACCGAACUGCGUCCUUGGCUCCAACCAAGGCUACGAAGAAUGUCUUGCGAGGGUCAAAAAGGACCUCGUUGUAGCCACAUCUUUGUCAGCCAUGGUGGGAUCUUUAGCUAUGGGGUUGUUAGCUAAUCUCCCAUUCGGACUUGCUCCUGGUAUGGGUGCCAACGCUUACAUCGCAUACGACGUGGUUGGUUUUCGCGGUUCCGGUUCAAUCUCUUACCAUACCGCUAUGGCCAUUGUGCUACUCGAGGGAUGCGCAUUUCUUGCAGUGUCUGCUUUAGGACUCCGCGGAAGACUGGCUCGUCUCAUCCCUCAAACGGUGAGACUAGCAUGCGCUGUUGGUAUCGGAAUGUUCAUUGCCUUUGUUGGUUUGCAGAUGAACCAAGGUGUUGGUCUUGUGGGACCCGAUAAGUCAACUUUAGUAACGUUGACCGCAUGCUCAGAGACAGAUCCAGUCACCGGAGCUUGUCUGGGAGGGAAAAUGGAGAGUCCUACGUUUUGGUUAGCAGUCGUCGGGUUUCUCAUAACGAGCUACGGUCUCAUGAAGAACGUCAAGGGGGGUAUGAUAUAUGGAAUCGUUUUCGUUACGGUUGUUUCUUGGUUUAGAAACACCCAAGUCACAACCUUUCCUCACACUCCUCUCGGUGACUCAAACUAUAACUACUUCACAAAAGUUGUUGACUUUCACAAGAUCCAGUCAACGUUAGGAGCUAUAAGCUUCACGGAGUUUAGAAAGAGCGAGGUUUGGGUCGCGUUCGCUACUCUCUUUUACGUCGAUCUCCUUGGCACGACUGGAGUACUCUACACGAUGGCUGAGAUCGGAGGCUUCGUGGAGGAGGACGGAAAGUUCGAAGGAGAAUACACUGCCUACUUAGUGGACGCAGGCUCCUCCGUUGUGGGGUCAGCGUUAGGCGUUACAACGACAGCGACUUUUGUGGAAUCUUCUGCGGGUUUGAAAGAAGGAGGGAAAACGGGGUUAACGGCCGUUAUCAUCGGUAUGUACUUCUUGGUGUCCAUGUUCUUGACGCCGUUAGUGACUAACGUGCCUAGGUGGGCGGUGGGACCGUCACUAGUGAUGGUUGGUGUGAUGAUGAUGGGAGUUGUGAAAGAUAUUAGAUGGGGAGAGACUAAAGAAGCCGUUACGGCGUUUAUAACGAUCUUGCUGAUGCCGUUGACUUAUUCCAUUGCUAAUGGGAUUAUUGCUGGUAUUGGUAUAUAUCUUGCUCUAAGCAUGUACGAUAUCGUUUCGGGAAUCGUCACGUGGCUUAACGGAGUUAGGAAACGGGUCAUGAGAGAACAUAAUCAAGUUUUCUCUGACGCAACCGUCGAGAUCGUAUGAUUUUUUACGGUAAUCGAUGUCACUAAACCGGUUUACUGGUCUGAGUGUACCGGAAGUGGUGGACGUUUCACAUGGUCGGUCGUCGGAUGACUAUGCAAAGACCCGUAAUGAAUGCUCGGUGGGUUUUAUUUAUGUUCCUUCUUUUUGUUGCUGUUGUUAUUUUGGUUUACUUUGCGUAGGAGUGAGUAGUGAACUAGCAUUGGAUGCAUUAGCUGCCAUGAAGUGUGUUGUUAAAAUUCACGGCUGCUUGUGCAUGCAUUGUUUUUGUGUUUCAGCAAAACGCUUUUCUUCAGUUUGAAUGUAGCAAAUACAUCAAUCAGAGACGUUUGGAUCUUAAUUAACUUGGAUUUAUGGUCGUUGUGAAUUUGGUGUGAUGAUGGUGGGAGAAUAAUAAUAUCAGAAAGAAUUUAAACUAAGAUAAAUUGAUACUGCCAAGGUUGAGUGAUCUUUUUCUGCACAGUUUUCUUUUUAGGAACCGAUGGAUAUGUCUUCACUAAAACUUGUUUAACUCUCCAGCCAUAAUUUCAAAAAAUGAUUUCAAAUCAGUUGAAUCUUAAAGACUAAUCAAAUAUUUGUCUUUCCGCCAAAAAUGAUCUGAAAAAAUAAAUAAGAGAGAAUCUCCAUCCCAGAGUAAACUUUUGAUGCUUUGAUUAUGUAAAAAAUGAGAAAAUUACCCUUCUAUUUUGGUGUUGGUCAAUGGUGUCGACCUCGAAACAUUGGUUGUCCAAUUUUUGUUUCUUUUGCAACAUUUUCGUGACUGGAACAAUGCUUUUUUGUUCUUUUUUUAGGGAAGUUUACUUAAAUGACACAAAUUAAUUGUGUUAUUAAUAGAAUAACUCAUAUUUUUUGAAAAUUAUUAGAAUAUUUUUAUGCUCGAAAUUGCAUUUGUCUAUAGUUAUAACAAAAAAAACAUUACCAAAAUACUCUUAACUUUUGAUCGACGGCAGAUUUAUUUUCAAAAAAAUAAAUCUGUCAAAUAAUAAGUAUGUUUAUAAAAUCUGUAUAAAAAAAUAAACUACUGUUAAAGUGGUGUCAGACUUUCUUAAAAACGUCAGAUUUAUUUCCACGACAGAGUUAAUUGUCUGAUUUGAAUAGAAAACAGAUUUUUAGGAAUAUGUCUGUCGAGUGAGGUAGCAGAUUUAUUAUAAAUGGUAGAUUUUUGUGGUCAACUUAUUUUAUUAUGUUCGACUUAUUUUCUUAUGGCAGAUUUAUAUAUCCGACUUAAAAUUGUUGGUAGGCUUUUUGUUUAUAUGGUGGCAGACUUUUUAAUAUAUGUUAUGGCAGAUUUAUUGACGGAAAUCUAGGUUUAUGUAAACCAAACUUAAUUUAAUAUUCAAUUUCGAUCGGUUUACAUUAAUUUCGAAUCUGGUUUAUUUUUACGUUAAUUAAAAUUAGAAUUAGAUAAUUUUUUGUAGUUGUCAUCAUCUCUGUCAUUUCUCUUUUCUUCCUUAUCAAGUUGUCCUUUUUUAUGGUGGUUUAAUCACUUGUUGCACUCCUUAUGUUUGGAGAAACAUGAACUCAAUGAUGUAUCAAAGAAACAAUGUUAUUUACUGAGUUUGAGCUAAGGUAAGAGUCAAUACUCAAACUUAGUUAUAAGGUUUCAUGCCUCACCAAUAUCUGACUGUGGUGAGUGAAAUUCUUUGGUUAUGCUUCCAUGAAUUCAAGUAGAUAGUUUCAUAUAGACAUAACAUACUAGCGGCUGCUAAUCUUAGAUUGCACAUAAGUUGUAGAAGAAGGCUUUGCUUAUUUAUUCAGGGUAUAUUGAAAAGAACAAUAACAAGGGAACCAUAUAUAUACACUAGAAUGCUAAUGAUUUUAGCUUAUGUUGCAGAGCUUCUUUACAAGGUAUGUACCAAAUGAUAGUACAAGUUAAUAAAUAAUGUACACGUAAAAAAUAUAGGGACCAUAUCUUUUAAUGGCUCCAUAUCCAUUGAAAAGUAUUCCACUUUCAUCAGUCACAUCUUAUAAGGUAUGUGUUUACCAACAACGGUGACUUCUCAGAGCCUGCUACAGUCCUAGUUGAAUCCUCUUUUUCUUUUCCCCAAAUCACAGUGUAUAAUCCAAAGAUCAAAAUCGCUGAUCCAAUGACGAAGUUUCGUUUCUCUCAAACAUGUCUAUUGCCCUCAAGCUUAGGCAAAGGUCUUGAACGAUCUCCAUGUUCGUCACUGCAGCAUAUCCCGCAGCGUUAGACUCAAACAGAAAACAUAAAAGAAUCGACGAUCUAUAUGAAACCUGGUCCAUGGCGCUGGCUUGUUAUCACAUCUAACAAAAAGGUAACAAUAGACCUUAAAAGAACCCUAUAGAAAACAGAAGAACAGGUCAGAAAAAUAAUCAACUCUCUGCACAGACAUAGCUGGUGAAAAAUUAUGGUUAUUAAGCUGUAUACAUACCUGCACUCCAACUUUUAGCCAGCACUUCUCAAUCCUAUAAACACCAUCAUAUCUCAUUCCUGCCUCAGGGGCAUAUGCAGAUCUUUUUUCUUUGUAAGACCUGUAUAUGAAAUAUAAAAAGUGUCACUUCUGGUCAGAGUUUAUCAAGUGAACAUUCAGUUAUCUCGAAAGAUAACUGCACAAGGUUUAAUUCAACUUUUGGACAACAACCUUUUCUUAUUCCCUUCAUAUAGCAUUGGCGCACAAAAAAGCAUUCCAUAAUCUUACCGUAGGAAAGCUAAAACACUGGGAAUGUGAGUAAAGUGUUGAGGUGUUGGGAAUUAGGGUUUUCAAAAUUUAACAUUGAAUCAAACAAUACUUUUAAGAACAUGUGAUAAUAACUUAGAAUUGCAUAGAUUCAGGACUUACACUUUCAUUUAUCUUCGAUUUAAAUCUGGAUUUGUCAGAGGUGAUCUCGGAUUUAGGGUUCCUCUUGUACAACAGAGAUGGCGGCGAGCUCGGUGGAGUUGACAAAAUGGAAGGCUGCUGUGACAGAGGAGAAGUCGUCGUAGACAGAAGUGAAAAGGAAGGGUCUGAUUUGCUUUCGUCGCCUUUGGAGAACACGACCCACGACCCUCUCGACGGCAAAAUGAUUUUUUUUUGGGAAAUAAUUAAACAUUUCUUUAUUAAUAAAUAUCAGAUUCUCAGUGGCAAUUUUGUGAAUAAUAAAGGGAAUGGUUGUUUUGGUAUUUUCGUUUGCCUUAUGAGUUAUUCUAGUAAAUACAAAAGUUUAUGAGUUAUUCUAGUCAUUAUAUGUAUAAUUUGAGUUAUUUUGAGUAAUUUCUCUUUUUUUUUAUAAACCGGAACUUCCAAUCUAUCUAUAAUCCAUCCCCUGCCAAUGGAGAUCGGAAUAUGCAAACUAGGAGAUAUGUUUCUUGAUUAUUCAAUACUAGGGGUUGGCCCGCCCUACGAGCGGGUGAAUUUACACUAAGACUAUUUUAUAUUAAAAUAUAAUUUUAAUUUUAUAAAACAUUUAAAAUUUUAAUUUAUAUUCAAAAUAAUAGAUAUAAUAUGUUUAUUCUAAGAUCAAAUUGUAAUAUUAAAUUUUUUGCGGGUUUAAGAUGAAGAAAACCACUAACAUUGAUUUUUGGUAGAAAAUACAAAAUUUUCAAAUAAAAAAAAAUGGAAAAUAUAAUCAUUUAUAUUUUUCUUUUUUGAUUUAUAUUUCAAUUUGAUAUAGUUGAAGAAAAUCUAAAGUAUAAAUAACUAAUUUUUUUAUUUCUAAGAAUAUUUUAAUAUUAUUACAAUAGCUAAUUAUCUCACGAUAAUAAAUUAAUACACUCACCUCCAAAUAAAAUCAACUGAAAAUCAAAUGUAAUGCGGCAAAAUUAUAAAAAUUAUAUUUUAAAGUAAUAUAUAAUAGUGUCAAUAAUUUUAUAAAUAAUAAUUAAUAUAUAUUAUGUUACACUAAAUGAUGUUUUAUAAUAUAUAUUUGUUUCAGUUUUAUAUUAGAUUUUGAUCUAUAUGAUACGUUAGAGGCAGGAAAUAGUGCUAUAAGUUCAUGUCAUUUUUAGAGGUAAUAAUGAUAUGGACCUUAUGUUAAUUAAUAGAACAAAUAAUAAUUGAUUAUGUAAAUUGCGAUAAACUUUUUGAUCUUAUAAUUAUGUUAUUAAUUAUGUUCAAUAUGUUUCUCAAAAAAUUGCUCUGAAAACCAUAGAGGAUGUGGCAAAAUAUGGUAAAGAAGGUAUGCACUUUGUAAAUUUCUGUUUUUUUGGAAGAAAACACUUGUCUGUAAGAUACCACUGUUUAUAACCUUUGCCUUGGAAGCUUCAUGACAUUUGUUAUUAUGAAGGCAAGAAAUAGAGAAAUUUUCUUCAUAAAAAAUUUGCAUUAAUAAUUUAAUCGACAACCACAACAUGGAGUUCUAAAACAAAAGGAAAAUAGAAUUAAACGAAAGGUAAAAAUACUAAAGCAGUAAUCGAUAAGAAGUUGAUGAAAAUUAAAAGAUAAGCAGUAGUUGAUAAGAAGUUGUGGUUGUCUAAGAGCUAGUAGUGGACUCAUUCCACACGUGCUUUCUUGCGGGCAUUUCUAUCAGCAGCAACUUGUUUUUUGGCCGAUGCAGGACCUCCGGCAGUUGAAGCAUCAGACGUGGAUGGCUCCUCUGCCACAUUGCAAGUGUUGGCAUCUUUCUCAUCUGUUCCUGGUACCACAACUUCAUGCAGCGCUGCCUCAGGAGCAUUUGCACCUUC